CCUGAGCCCCGGCUGCCCCGCUCUGCGCUGCUGGCCUUGGCCCUGAGGGCGCCACUACGCUUACUUCCCGGUAGACAGCGGUGGAAAAAUCCCCGGGGACCCUCUGCAGCUGGCGUCCGCAGGUGACAGACAGCUAAGCCUCAGAGGGGACAUCCGGUUCCUCAGUUUACCUGUUAGGUCCCCUCUCUCCCACUCCCGCCCCCGGUCCCCGUCUUAACAGAUGGCUGUUAAGCUUCAGCUCUGCGCUAUAAUACUUGUGUGAACUCGGCCACUCUGAGCCUUUCCUUGGCCACAAACAUCGGACAACUCUGGUUAAAGUUGUGCAUAUGCGCAGGUGUUGAGACCCAAAGACCAGCCUGGUCGCUGCACACCAGAGCACUUCCACUGCCGGGUGCUUAACACCACCUACUGUGGGGGUUGGGGGAUGGAAAUCAAGGCAACAGGCCGGGUGGUGGUGUGACCUCGGUCAUCUGCUUCUGUUUGAUUCGUUGCUAUAUUGGGAUCAGCACCGUCCCUCGUGAACUAGGAGAUCCUCAAUUCAUAGGGCUCUGACCAGUAAGAUUGACCACCUCACCCCGAGAAACAAAUGAGACUCGUGGUUUUGUGUAGUUUUGUUUUGUUUUUUCCUUAAAAUACUUUUAGUGCAAACUAAGACAGUUUCUUCCUGUUCCCCAGGGACAUUCUCGGGGAAUUUAUUCCUGAUUCUGUCUUACCACAGAGAACAAAGAACUUAACCCACUCUGCCCAAGGGGUUCUGGCUGUUACUUCAGCCUGUGGGCGAGCAUUCACCCUGGCUGCCACCUCCCUCAUACACACACACACACACACACACACACACACACACACACACACACACACGAUUGGCCCCUGAGGUCUGAGCUGGUGGUCCAGCCUCAAGCAGUUUCUACUAGCUCAAGCGUCUAAACUAGUCUCUGACUCCUCUCAGGGACUGAAUUUCCUAAGAAAGGUAAUCACUUUUCUUUCUUUAUCAUUUAUUUGUAGCCCAGGCUUACCUUGAACUUGUCCUGUGCAUAAUGCUGGCUUUGGACUCCUGCUUCUGCCCUCCAUGUGCAGAGAUUUCAGGCACCCAUUAUCCCUCCCAGAUAGCUUUUCGAAUUACUGGCCAUUGGGUACACGUGAGGACUGAAACCUCACGUUUCCUGGGAGCAGAACAACCAGGUCCAACCCCUGGGCAUUGCCUCUGUCAUGUAUUAUAUCAGGAAGAGGAAGGUACUGAUUGUUCUAGGAGGAACUUCUUGACUGUAUUUUCCUUUCCUAAAUGUACCUGCAGCCUUCUCCGUCAUGGGGAUCGAUCGGGCUAGCUCGCUAACCCAGGCGUGGGCCCUGGAGACUCAUUCACUUCACUCCUAGACAGUCCUUUUGGGUGUUGAUAGACUGUGACGUGAAAGUCCCAGGUGGUCAUUCACUGUUCAAGUGCCCUCUGGGUUUCACUGCUUCUCAGCCCCACCCCCACUCGGAUGUUCUCUCGCUGCCCCGAGGAAUGAGAAAGACUGCUGUGAACGCGUGACCACUGGGACGGGUGCCAGUCGACAGUGGGCAGGGUAUCCCAGUGAAGACUGCUCACGGAGACCAUUCGAAAACUUGUAUGAUUUUGUUUUAAGAAGACAGGAUCUUACUCUGCCUCAGACUGACCUCAAACUCAUGAUCCUCCUGACUCCACCUGGGUGUUAGCAUCAUGUGCCUGAGCUACUUGGUCAGCUCUGAAAAGGUGCAUUUGCAGACCCAACAGGAGGUGAAGCUUCGAAUGACUGGAAUGGCACUGCAGGUGGUGCGAACCGAUGGCUUCCUGGCACUCUACAAUGGCCUGAGUGCCUCGCUGUGCAGGCAGAUGACCUACUCCCUGACCCGGUUCGCUAUCUACGAGACCAUGCGGGACUACAUGACCAAGGACAGCCAGGGGCCUCUCCCCUUCUACAGCAAGGUGUUGCUGGGCGGCAUCAGUGGUUUAACUGGAGGCUUCGUGGGGACCCCAGCAGAUUUGGUCAAUGUCAGGAUGCAGAAUGACAUGAAGCUGCCCCUGAGCCAGCGCCGCAACUACUCUCACGCCCUGGAUGGUCUGUACCGUGUAGCCCGUGAAGAAGGCCUGAAGAAGCUCUUCUCUGGAGCAACCAUGGCAUCCAGCCGUGGGGCCCUCGUCACUGUGGGCCAGCUGUCCUGCUACGACCAGGCCAAGCAGCUGGUUCUCAGUACUGGGUACCUGAGUGACAACAUUUUCACCCACUUCCUCUCCAGUUUCAUUGCGGGCGGAUGUGCCACAUUUCUCUGCCAGCCCCUGGACGUGCUGAAGACUCGCUUGAUGAACUCCAAGGGCGAGUAUCAGGGUGUUUUCCAUUGUGCCGUGGAGACAGCAAAGCUUGGACCACAGGCCUUUUUCAAGGGUCUCGUUCCUGCGGGCGUCCGUCUCGUCCCCCACACCGUGCUUACCUUCAUGUUCCUGGAGCAGCUGCGGAAGCACUUCGGUAUCAAAGUGGCAACCUGACACCGCCAGGGACACCUGGGCUGCGCUCAGUCGCUGUGCUGAGCCCCUUGGAAGAGUAGGAAGGGAGUGGGCUCCCUUCCUCCUUGGCCUGGGCCCGUGCUGAUCCCUAGCAGAUUCCUGUUCUUCCCACCCUUGGGCUGCUGGCUACGCCUUCCGACCCUGCCUUGGCCCCACUGAAGUGGCACCUCUGCCCUACUGGCUCCCAGGCUCUCCCCACUGGGACGUCCCAUCUUCCUACCCGAUGAUUCACUCAGAAGAGGUCUGGCCUGGCUGGUGUCACUGUCCCCACCUCCCUGGCUGCUACCCUGCCCUGCCUGUCAAGCCCGGAGAAGCUGAGUACACUUCCUGCUCCUGCUGGCCCACUGAACAGCUUCCACCCAGGACUUGGGUAGUGUGGCAGGGUACAGCCCCUGGCAGCUUCUGCUUACCAAAUGACUAGAGCACGCACGCACACACAUACACGCAUGCACUUACGUCACAAGAGGGACCACCGUGCAGUGUUCUGGAAGGUAGUGCCUUCAGGAGAGGGAACAGGGCAGCAGCACAGAUCACCAGCAAACGCCAUGACCGCGGAGUCCGGAGAAAGUACCUGGGGUUCCCUGUGCACCUCCCGUGCUCAGCGUUGGCUGCUUUAAGAGUCAGUUUUGCGGAACCCUCCUACUCAGCAGCCACUACCAUCAUCAGGAACUGGCUGUGUCCCUCAUACACCUGUGCCCUCCCUUGCCUGGCUUCCCCCAGGGCCAGGGGCUCAUGCUGGAGCUGGGGCUAUGAUGGAUUCAUUCUAUGUGUCCUCCUAGGACCUGUCUUCCCGUAUGGCAGGGGUCACCCCUCACCAUCCCUCAGGCUUCAAAGCAGCCUGUUUUCCCUCAAAUUGGGGUUGUGUGUAUAUCAACGUGAGGUUGGGCCCUGUGCCCGUUUGCCUCCCCUCAGCACCAGGCCCUCACCCAGGAGGUGCAGGAGGUGGCAGUGGGCCCAGGGGCACUGCCUACAUCUCUCUUCAGGAUCUAAUAAACCAAGUGGCCUGGGAGGCUUCUCUCUUCCCUGCACACUCCUCACCCAC